AUGAGUCAAAUUGACCAACUUUUGCUGUCUAUUGCAAGCAAUAAACUUGCUUACUAUGCUUUGUUAUUUUCACUACUCUUUGGUGUGUUUAAGCUCACUACUUUCACCCUUAGAUUUGCCUCCUUGAUUGUUGACUUGUUUAUCUUACCAGCAGUUGAUUUUAGCAAAUUCGGAGCCAAUCGUGGUAAUUGGGCUGUUGUUACUGGUGCUUCAGAUGGAAUUGGUAAAGAAUAUGCGUUGCAAUUGGCUAAGCGCGGAUUGAGCAUCGUGUUGGUUUCUCGUACACAAUCAAAAUUGGAGUUGCUCGCCACUGAAAUCUCCUCCAAGUACAAAGUCAACACCAAAAUUGUGGCAUUUGAUGCUUCAAAAGAUGAUGAAGAAAACUACUUGGAGUUGGAAAAGGCCAUUUAUGAUUUACCAAUAACUGUCUUGAUCAACAAUGUAGGUCAAUCUCACUCGAUUCCAGUGCCAUUCUUGGAAACCGAGCAAAAAGAGUUGAGGGAUAUUAUCACUAUAAACAACACUGCUACAUUACGUAUUACCCAAGUUGUUGCACCAGCAAUUGUUGCUACAGUGGAAAAAUCCCAGAAAAAGGUGAGAGGAUUGAUCUUGACUAUGGGUUCUUUUGGUGGAUUAUUGCCAACUCCUUAUUUGGCAACCUACUCCGGAUCAAAGGCGUUUUUACAAGCUUGGUCAGCUGCAUUGGCAGGUGAAUUGAAUCCCAAGGGCGUUGAUGUCGAAUUGGUUAUUUCCUAUUUGGUCACUUCGGCCAUGUCCAAAAUCAGACGUUCUUCAUUGACCAUUCCCAACCCAAAGCAAUUUGUUGCUUCGACAUUGGCCAGCGUCGGACGUAGGAAUGGCGCACAAGAAAGAUUUGCUACAAACACACCAUACUGGGCACAUGCCAUUAUGCACUUUGCCAUUGAAAACACUGUUGGUGUCUACUCAAAAAUAGCAAACACACUCAACUUCAACAUGCACAAAUCAAUCAGAACUAGAGCUUUGAAGAAACAGGAGAAGAAGGCUAAAUUAGCAGCAGAAAAGAUUGAAUAA